CACUUUUUUGUUGUAUUAUCGCUUCAACUGUUAGUGAAAUGUGUUUUGUUGCAUUGUCACUUUAAUUCUUGGAGAAAGCUGUAUUUUCUUGUAUUAUCACUUCAACUGUUGUAUUAUAGCUUUAUUGUGUUUCAUUAUCAUGUUAAUUAUAAGACAAAGCUGUAUUUUGUUGUAUUACCGCUAUAAUUGUUAGCGUAAAUGCUCAGACAGGCCAUGAUCUCCCAGAAUGAAUAUGGAAAAGUCCCUCAGAGCAGUCAGAUGGAAAAAUCCUGGCCCUGAUCACAUGCUGCACUACAGACUGAUCAAUACUGCCCCAUAAGAUGGCACCUCGGCCCGACUUCGAGGGAAACUCACUGGGCCAGCAGACAGAUGGACUCGGUGUUCAGAAACAGAAGUCGGUCUGCAUGGCUCCUGCUGUUUCUUCUGUAGCUCUGAUCCAGGCUGGACCGGAGAGGGAGGAGGACCCCUGGGACCUGCCAGAGCUUCAGGACACUGGAGUUAAAUGGGCAGAUUUAGACACUAAAGGAAAAGUACUGAGGGUUUUUAUUUCAGUCCUAAAGCUGGUGACGCUGUUGGGUUUGCUGUAUCUCUUCGUUUGCUCUCUGGACAUCCUCAGCUCAGCGUUUCAGCUUGUAGGAGGUAAGGCGGCUGGAGAUAUUUUCCAGGAGAAUGAGGUGUUAUCUAACCCGUUGGCUGGACUAGUCAUUGGGGUUUUGGUCACUCUGCUGGUCCAAAGCUCCAGCACAUCCUCAUCUAUAGUGGUCAGCAUGGUCUCCUCUGGAUUGCUGCAGGUGCCCACAGCGGUCCCUAUCAUCAUGGGCACCAACAUUGGAACAUCGGUCACGAACACAGUGGUGGCCAUGACUCAGGCAGGAGACCGGAGCAAGUUCCGCAGGGCGUUUGCCGGGGCCACGGUGCACGACUUCUUCAACUGGCUGUCCGUGUUGGUGCUGUUGCCAUUGGAGGUUGCUACGGGAUACCUGUACCGCCUCACUGAGGUCAUAGUGAGAACCUUCAACAUAGAGACCGGAGAGAAUGCCCCGGCACUGCUCAACGUCAUCACUGACCCGCUCACGCACUCCAUCAUAGAGUUGGACGAGUCAGUCAUCAGCGGCAUCGCUACUGGAGACCCAGAAGCCAAGAAUAAAAGUCUCAUCAGAACAUGGUGUUCAACUUCAACAAACACGACCCUACAGAACGUGACCAUAGUAAACUGCACCAGCGCCCCCUGCUGGGAGUGGAGGAAUGUGUCUGAAACAAUUAACAUUCAUAAAUGUCGUCAUAUCUUUGUGGACACUAACCUGCCGGACCUAGCGGUGGGGCUAAUCCUGCUCGCCCUGUCUCUGUUGGUGCUGUGUGCCUGCCUCAUCUGCAUCGUCAAACUCCUCAACUCCAUGUUGAAGGGUCAGGUGGCUGCUGUCAUCAAGAAGAUCAUCAACACAGAUUUUCCAUUUCCACUCGGAUGGCUGACCGGAUACCUGGCCAUCGUGGUGGGAGCAGGAAUGACCUUCAUUGUCCAGAGCAGCUCAGUCUUCACCUCAGCUAUUACACCUCUAGUAGGUAUCGGGGUUAUAAGCAUUGAAAGAGCUUAUCCACUCUCUCUGGGCUCCAACAUUGGAACGACCACCACAGCCAUACUGGCAGCUCUGGCCAGUCCAGGAGAAACACUGACCAAUUCACUGCAGAUCGCUCUGGUUCAUCUCUUCUUCAACCUGUCGGGCAUCGUGCUGUGGUACGUGCUGCCGUUCAUGCGAGUCCCCAUCAUGCUGGCCAAAGCGCUGGGCAACGUCACGGCUCGUUACCGCUGGUUCGCCAUCUUCUACAUCAUCUUCUGCUUUUUCUUCAUCCCACUGCUGGUGUUCGGCCUGUCCCUGGCCGGCCUGCCCGCGCUGCUGGGCGUCCUCCUGCCAGUGGCGCUGUUGCUGCUGUUUGUGAUCAUCAUUAACUUGAUGCAGUCGCGCUGGCCUCAGCACCUUCCCACCUGCCUCCAGAGCUGGGACUUCCUCCCACUCUGGGCCCAUUCCCUGGAGCCCUGGGACAGGAUGGUUACCGCGGCAACUGCCCACUGCUGCUGCUGCUGCAAGUGCUGCCAAGUCAUCACCCCCGGCGACGAGGAGGCGGGGUCAGUGGAUAAGAAGGACGGUGGCAUGGAAAUGCGCGACAACCCAGUUUUAGCCAACGGCAGCGAAGGGAAAGAGAAAGCACCGCCCACUCCAGUGAUCCUCAAAGUGACAGCGUUAUAGACUCUGUAUUAGCAUGCAUUUACCUUAUAGUUAUUACACAUUUAUAACACAUCCAUAUCAACCUCAAAAAUGACGAAGGACGAGCUGGAGAGUGCCAGUGGACUCCAGAACGAGGGCAAAAACGCAAUGUUUAUGAAUGUCAUUUUGUAAUUUAUAUGUAUUUUUUGUUAUUGUUGUUUUUUUUACCUUCUUUUGUUCUUACAUUACACAGUUUUGCCAUUUACCACAAAUGUAGUUGAUCAGCCAAAGCCAGACGUUUGCUUCUUUAGUUUUACCACUAAAGCUACAAGGCUAUGUAGCUAACUAGUUUAUGUAACAGUGUGAGCGUCACUGUUGCUGCUUCUGCUUUAAGCUAACAAGUGAUGGAGGCUUAUUCCCCACCAAUUAACAUGGUGCUAACUGCCUGACCAUCAUAAACACGUCUGUAUGAGAUUACUAAACAAUCGAUGAGUUUUGAGGUGUGUUGUAAUUCAUACAUUCUAUAAAGCUUCCAUUAGUUGUUAGCUACAUUAGCCUCAUAGUUCCAGUGUUAAAACUAGAGAAGUAAACUUCAGACACCAAACAUGUCUUGACUGCGUUUAGGGUAUCGGGGAAAACUGUGUAAAAGUGCUUUGAAUUUAAAGGAAUGGUGUAAAGCUAAUGUUGCUAAUGAAUAUUCGAUACGUAUGCUAAUUGGCGACUACUAGCACACAUUAGCAACAUUAGCACAUGAGCAUGCAUGGUUGAACUCUUCCUUCGGGAAUUCAAAAGCUACCCAAGGACUCUAAGGUUACAAACAUGAUUUGUACACCGUCAUGUU